CAUGCGAUGACGACACACGCAGGAACAUGGACGCAUGAGCGGCAAAGCAAACUUUCCGAGAACCAUAAGGUUGUUUGUGAGCCAUUCCCUCCCCCUCAUUUCUUACCAUCAAGGCUGAACUUUACCCUAGAUCCCAAACAUACACACACAGAGGGUCCACUCUGUUAAACGGCUCUGUUGUGGCUGUUUGCUGGCCAGUAGUAAAGAGAAGAGCAUUACCAGAGAAGGUCUGGACACUGAGUCACUGCUUCCUUCCCUCAAAGUUGAACACCUACAAAACUCGGGACAAAAAUAAAAGGAACCUCUUACUCGUAUAGCCCAAUUGAAUGCAUCAUCGAGGUCCACAGGGUGAGAGAGAUGCCAUCACAAACACCCACGACAGACUGUUCAGGGAAAAACUCUCCUCCAAUGGACCCGAAAUCAGCAAGCACUACAACAGGAAAUGAGGAAAUUCCCCCAUCAACUACUAGUGAUCCCACUGACCGAUCAAAAAGCACAGAAGCAGCUGUUUCCAACACUUUUCCCAUGGAAACCAAUGAGUCAUAUAGGCCCAAAUUUGGUUCCAGUGUUCAGGCUAAAGAGAGAAUGAAGUUUAUUCUGGGAGCUUCUGAGGAUAAUUCCUCUGAUGAUGAGACUUUGGUUAUGGGCCAGGCCGCCAAACCUCAGCCCAAAAGCACAGAGACACCUAACACACUACCCACCAUGUCAUCAGAAGUGGUGCCACCCCCGAACCCAUCAGCCUGUUUGAGGCCUAGCAUGUCAGGCCCCCACCUGCUGAAAAAGGGCAAAGAACACAGGAAGAUGGACGUGCACAGAGAUUUCACUGUUGCCUCCCCAGCUGAGUUUGUCACUCGCUUUGGAGGAAACCGCAUUAUAGACAAGGUGCUGAUUGCUAAUAAUGGCAUUGCUGCAGUUAAAUGCAUGCGUUCAAUUCGACGCUGGUCCUAUGAAAUGUUCCGUAAUGAGAGAAUCAUUCGCUUUGUGGUGAUGGUCACACCUGAAGACUUGAAAGCCAAUGCAGAAUACAUUAAAAUGGCUGAUCACUAUGUGCCAGUCCCCGGUGGCCCAAAUAACAACAACUAUGCCAAUGUUGAGAUGAUUGUGGAUAUAGCCAAAAGGAUUCCAGUGCAGGCGGUUUGGGCUGGAUGGGGUCAUGCUUCUGAGAACCCCAAACUACCAGAGCUUCUUCAUAAAUCAGGGAUAUCUUUUCUAGGACCAUCCAGUAAAGCCAUGUGGGCAUUAGGAGACAAGGUGGCAUCUUCCAUCGUUGCUCAGAGCGCAGAAAUCCCCACCCUGCCCUGGAGUGGAAUUGCUCUAAGGGUUGAAUGGGCAGAAGAAGAACAAAGGCAUGGCCGUGUGAUCAGUGUUCCACCUGAACUUUAUGUGCAGGGCUGUGUUAAAGAUGUGGACGAGGGUCUAGCGAGUGCAGAAAAGAUUGGCUACCCUGUGGUAAUCAAAGCAUCAGAGGGAGGUGGAGGGAAAGGCAUCAGAAAAGUGGACAGUUCCGAAGACUUUCCAAGCUUUUUCAGACAGGUGCAGGCUGAGGUGCCAGGUUCCCCUAUUUUCAUCAUGCAGCUAGCCGAGCAUGCGCGCCACCUGGAGGUGCAGAUCCUGGCUGACCAGUACGGUAACGCUAUCUCUCUGUUCGGCAGAGACUGUUCCAUCCAGCGCCGCCACCAAAAGAUCAUAGAAGAAGCUCCUGCUACCAUUGUCUCCACCACCACUUUUGAGCAAAUGGAGAGGUAUGCAGUGCGUCUGGCUAAAAUGGUGGGCUAUGUAAGUGCUGGUACAGUGGAGUAUCUGUUCACGGAGGAUGGAAGUUUCUACUUCCUGGAGCUGAAUCCACGGCUACAGGUGGAACACCCCUGCACUGAGAUGAUUGCGGACGUUAACCUUCCUGCUGCACAGCUACAGAUAGCGAUGGGGAUCCCUCUUUACAGAAUUAAGGAUAUCCGUGUCCUAUUUGGUGAAGCUCCAUGGGGAGACACACCUAUUAACUUUGAAUCUCCAGAAUGCAUCCCCUGUCCACGGGGACAUGUCAUAGCUGCACGCAUCACCAGUGAGAACCCAGAUGAAGGCUUUAAACCAAGCUCAGGCACAGUUCAGGAGCUGAACUUCCGCAGCAGUAAAAACGUGUGGGGUUACUUCAGUGUAGGAGCAACCGGAGGCCUACACGAGUUUGCAGACUCUCAGUUUGGACAUUGUUUCUCCUGGGGUGAGAACCGAGAAGAGGCCAUCUCAAACAUGGUGGUAGCCAUGAAGGAGCUGUCAAUCAGAGGAGAUUUCAGGACCACAGUGGAGUAUCUCAUCAAGCUACUAGAGACGGAGAGUUUUAGGAACAAUGACAUCGAUACUGGCUGGCUAGAUCACCUUAUUGCAGAGAAAGUGCAGGUGGAGAGGCCAGACACCAUGUUAGGUGUGGUAUGCGGUGCUCUACAAGUUGCUGAUGCAAGUUUUAGAGAGAGCAUGUCUGACUUCCUGCAUUCACUGGAGAGGGGUCAGGUGUUGCCUGCUGCUAGUCUCGUCAACACAGUCAAUGUUGAUCUAAUCUAUGAUGGAGUCAAAUACUGCCUACAGGUGGCUCGCCAGUCUCCCACCACGUAUGUUAUCAUAAUGAAUGAUUCAGAUAUUGAAGUUGAUGUCCAUAGACUCAGUGAUGGCGGUCUACUACUUUCCUAUGGUGGCAGCAGCUACACAACCUACAUGAAAGAGGAGAUUGACAGCUACCGCAUCACAGUGGGCAACAAAACGUGUGUGUUUGAGAAAGAGCGAGACCCUACGGUGCUCAGGUCACCCUCUGCUGGCAAGCUGUUACAAUAUGUAAUUGCUGAUGGUUCUCAUGUUCUGGCCACCCAGCCUUAUGCUGAAAUUGAGGUCAUGAAGAUGGUGAUGACCCUGCAUGUCCAGCAUUCAGGUUGCAUUCACUUUUUAAAAAGACCAGGAACAGUAUUAGAGCCUGGGUGUGUAGUGGCCCGAAUGGACCUGGAUGACCCCAGCUGUAUUCAUCCGGUAAAGCCGAAUACAGAGCCGUUACCAUCCCAGGAGCCUUUACCUGUUGUAGGGGAGAGGCUUCACCAAGUGUUCCACAGUGUUCUGGAGAACCUGGUGAAAAUUAUGGAUGGAUACUGUCUACUGGAGCCAUACUUCAGUCAAAAACUGAAGAAGUGGCUCGACAUGCUGAUGAAGUCUCUUCGGGAUCCGUCUCUUCCUCUUCUUGAACUACAGGAGAUCAUGACCAGUGUGGCAGGGCGUAUACCAGUUACUGUGGAGAAGGCAAUUCGAAAGGUCAUGGCACAGUAUGCCAGUAACAUUACCUCUGUGCUCUGUCAGUUCCCCAGCCAAAGGAUAGCAAACAUACUUGACAGCCAUGCUGCUACCCUUCAGAGGAAAGCUGACCGAGAGGUUUUUUUCAUGAACACUCAAAGCAUUGUGCAACUGGUACAAAGGUACCGAAGUGGCAUCAGGGGGUAUAUGAAAUCAGUUGUGCUGGAUCUUCUGAGACGGUACCUUCGGGUGGAGAUGCAGUUUCAGCAGGCUCAUUAUGAUAAAUGUGUCAUCAACCUAAGAGAGCAGUACAAGCCUGACAUGACUCCAGUACUGGAGUGCAUCUUCUCCCAUGCUCAGGUCUCCAAGAAGAACAUCCUAGUCACCAUGCUCAUAGACCAGCUCUGUGGCCGGGACCCGACCCUUGCUGAUGAGCUCAUGGUCAUUCUAAAUGAGCUCACACAACUCAGUAAAAUGGAUAACUCUAAAGUAGCGCUUCGGGCCAGACUGGUGUUGAUUGCCUCUCAUCUGCCCUCAUAUGAACUCAGACAUAACCAGGUGGAAUCCAUCUUUUUAUCCGCUAUUGAUAUGUAUGGGCAUCAGUUCUGUCCCGAGAACCUCAAGAAACUCAUCCUGUCUGAAACCUCCAUCUUCGACGUCUUGCCCAGUUUCUUCUACCACAACAACCGGGUGGUUUGCAUGGCUGCCUUAGAGGUAUACGUACGGAGGGGAUAUAUAGCGUAUGAGCUAAACAGCCUUCAGCAUCAUCAGCUGCAGGAUGGAACAUGUGCAGUGGAUUUCCAGUUCAUGUUACCAUCAUCCCACCCUAACAGAGAGCCUUACGCCUCAUUGAGCCAGUCCGUGCCCAAACCCACAGGGAGCAGUCCUACUUUGAACAGAUUGUCUGUUCCUGUGAAUGAUACGCGAGAGUUUCAAACAAUGCGCCGUCAGGGCAGUGAGCUCUUCCUUGAGGGGGCACUGUCGCCCCCCUGUCAGAGGAUGGGAGCCAUGGUCGCCUUCCAUAGUUUUGAACACUUCAAAAGAUGUUUUGAUGAAGUGAUCUGCCGCUUUGUGGAUCCGCUUUGUGAGAGUUCUCUGUUCUCUGAUGGCUGUUCCACCUUCUGUGAUGGGGAGAGCUGUAAGAACAUGAAGGAAAAUCCCAUACACAUCAUAAAUGUGUCAAUCAAACAAGCAGACACUGAAGAUGAUGAUGCUUUAGUCAAAGAUUUCACUGCCUUUGCUAAUUCUAAAAAAACUCUGCUCUAUGAGUAUGGAAUCAGAAGAAUCACAUUUUUAGUUGCACAAAAGCGGGAGUUCCCGAAGUACUUCACAUUCAGGGCCAGAGAUGAAUUCCAUGAAGACAGAAUCUACCGUAACCUGGAGCCUGCUCUGGCCUUCCAGCUUGAGCUGAAUCGUAUGCGCAACUUUGAUCUGACGGCCGUUCCCUGUGCCCAUCACAGGAUGCAACUGUACCUGGGUGCUGCUCGUGUGGAAGAGGGUGCAGAGGUCACAGAUUAUCGUUUCUUUAUCAGAGCCAUCAUUCGCCACUCUGACCUCAUCACCAAGGAGGCCUCGUUUGAGUACCUGCAGAAUGAGGGAGAGAGGCUGUUGCUGGAAGCGAUGGAUGAGCUUGAAGUGGCCUUCAGUAACAUAUCCACUCGUACUGACUGCAAUCACAUCUUUCUCAAUUUUGUACCCACUGUUAUUAUGGAUCCCUCAAAGAUAGAGGAGUCUGUCCGCUCAAUGGUGAUGCGGUACGGUAGUCGUUUGUGGAAGUUGCGUGUUCUCCAGGCUGAGCUAAAGAUCAGCAUCCGCCUCACCACCAGUGGAGAUGUCAUUCCCAUCCGCCUCUUCCUCACCAAUGAGUCCGGCUACUAUUUGGACAUCAGCCUAUACAAGGAGGUCACUGACCCCUCCACUGGACAGAUAAUGUUCCAGUCGUUUGGAGACAAGCAAGGUCCACUGCACGGCAUGCUAACCAACACACCAUAUGUCACAAAAGAUUUACUGCAGGCUAAACGCUUCCAGGCUCAGACCCUUGGCACCACAUACGUCUAUGACUUCCCUGAGAUGUUCAGACAGGCUUUGUUUAAGCUUUGGGGACCAGGAGACAGCUACCCUAAAGACGUGUUGAUGUGUAAUGAACUGGUCCUGGAUUCUCAGGAGAGACUUGUGCAGAUGAACAGACUACCAGGAGACAAUGAGAUUGGCAUGGUGGCUUAUCGCAUGAAAAUGAAGACUCCAGAGUACCCAGAGGGCCGAGAUAUCAUUGUGAUCUGUAAUGAUAUUACCCAUAUGAUUGGCUCAUUUGGGCCCCAGGAGGAUGAGCUUUUUUUACGGGCAUCUGAGCUGGCCAGAGCAGAGGGGAUUCCACGUAUCUACAUCGCAGCCAAUAGUGGAGCUCGAAUCGGCCUGGCGGAAGAGAUCCGCCACAUGUUUCAAGUGGCUUGGAUUGACCCAGAUGACCCUUAUAAGGGUUUUAAGUACCUAUAUCUGACGCCUCAGGACUACACCCGCAUCAGUUCCUCUAAUUCUGUCCACUGUCACCAUGUAGAGGAGGGAGGCGAGUCCAGGUACAUCAUCACAGACAUCAUAGGGAAGGAAGAGGGUCUUGGAGUGGAGAACCUGAGGGGUUCUGGCACCAUAGCUGGAGAAACUUCUCAGGCUUAUAAGGAAGUCAUCACCAUAAGCAUGGUCACAUGUCGUGCUAUUGGAAUCGGUGCGUAUCUGGUACGUCUAGGACAAAGAGUAAUUCAAGUGGAAAACUCCCAUAUCAUCCUGACUGGGGCUGGGGCACUAAACAAGGUGCUGGGUCGUGAAGUCUACACCUCCAAUAACCAGCUUGGAGGGGUUCAGAUCAUGCACAACAAUGGAGUGACGCACAACAUUGUGCCAGAUGACUUUGAAGGGGUGCUAACUAUACUACAGUGGCUAUCCUACAUGCCAAAGGGUGAUGCGGAGGAGACA